GUAGUUUAAUUGAUUUAGUUAAAUCGAUCGCAGCAGGCGAGCCGCUUGUGUGCGUUUAUUUAUUUAAUUUAAUUUAAAUUAUUUAUUUAUUUAUUAGUUAUAAUUUAAAUUUAAUAUAUUAAGUAUGUUGAAAGGUAUAGCAGUGUUUUUGCUGGCGACAGUGGCGGUUUUGUGCCAGCACCCACAGGACUUCGCGUACUACCACGUAUUGCAUUUACCCCACGACCCGCCCCUGUACCCCGUGUUCCAAAAGCCGCCCCCUACCCCCUUCAGCUGCCAGGGUCGCAGUAGGGGGUAUUAUGCUGACGUCGACAGUGGAUGUCAGGCAUAUCACUUCUGUUGGCAUCAACACGUAGUAAGCACGGACCUUUGCACCAAUGGAACCUUGUUCAACGAGCAGUUUCAGGUAUGCGACCAUUUCUACAAUGUACGCUGCGGAUCUCCCUAUGAAGACUUGUAGAUAUUAGUAAUAAAUUUAUAAAUAAUAUAUUUUAUGACAAAUCACGUUCCUGCAAAAA